UGUAACUGCACACACUAGAUUAUUACAUUAUUACACGAAUUGUUGACUUGAACAGUUCUCUUUUAUUUUGCCUACAUCACUCCAAUACAUGGCGACCCUUAGCCAGCAGUUAAAAUUUUGCAACAUGUGUAAAAUACGAAAGUAGCUGAAUAAAUAUGAAGAAAUACAAUUACGAAGAAUAGAAGUUUGUGGCGACGAGAAAUAAGAAAGGCAAGAUUUUCAAACUACAGAAGAUUUUCAAGCUACAGAAGAUUUUCGACUACAGAAAAAAAAAACUCUCACAGAAGAUUUGGACGAAGCGAUGAAAACAAUACAAGAAGACAGAAAAGGGUGUAGCUGCCGGGAGCCGGGAGAAUGCUCAAGCCUUAUGAUGAGAGGAUAUGCAGGGCGCCGGGAGAUAAAUUGUACGGGUCCAGUGAGGAGCAGCUGGGAGUCAGUUCGAGUCCAAUGCUGAGGAGUUUAUUCACCCGCGCUACGUGAGACGUCAUGACCUGCAUAUACGUUGACAGUAAAUACGUGCCUACUGCAAUGUAAGUUUUUCUCCACUUUUGUAUUUUUUUUUGCGUUAUUUGUUAUAAAGCGCUGUUUUAAAAUGUUAUUAUUAAGGUCAUGCAUAAGUACUUUAUAUUCAGUUUGAGGAAAUUAUGUCACAACAAUUGCGAGAUUUACAUGCUAAGUUAAAAUAUUUAAGAGAAUAUGUAAUAAAACUUGGUCCAAAUGGACGUACAGGAAAUUUAGGUUUUAAGAAACUAGAAGAAGCUGAAAAAGAAUAUAGUAAAUUGGAGUGUAUUUUGACUCAACUGAAUCAAGAAGUUAAAGAUCAGAAGCUAGAUAAAGAAUCUUGUGACAUUUGCCAAAUAUUGAUUGAUGAGAUACGACAUAAUUUUACGAAAAUAAAGAGCUUAUUUUCUUUGAGAGAUAGUAGUAGUCAAACUAACGAUAGAGAUUUGAUAGAAUAUUCUAUCUGUGUUACAAAAAUGUCAGACUCAUUUGAUAUUAAAACUGCAAUUUCCCUGUUGCCGGUAAUGAAUGGCCAGGAGCAGGUGACAAACCAACUUAUCGAUGGUAUUCUUCUUUAUAGUUCGCUCAUCAAUGACGACAGUAGAAGUAAAUUAAUAGACUUCGUAUUAAAAACACGUCUCUCUCCUAGUGCAAAACUGCGCCUUAAAACUACGUAUGCUGACAUUGAAAGUUUGGUAGGAGAUAUUCGCUUUUAUUUGUUACCGAAAAAAUCGGCGGUAGCAUUACAAACCCAAUUAUUUAGAGCUACUCAAGGUCGCAGGACUAUAGAAAAAUUUGGGUCUGAGAUCGAGGAGUUGUUCGUAAAUUUGACGAUUGCUCAGGCUAACGAGAAGCGCGAUGCAUAUGAGGUAUUGCGUCCUCUCAAUGAAAGGACUGCAAUUAAAAGGUUUAGCGAUGGUUUGACCGACAAACGGCUCAGCACUAUCAUUGCCUCGCGACAGUUUGCGUCCUUAUCUGAAGCUAUUACAGCUGCGGUAGACGAGCAGUCUAUGUCUCUCCACCCACAAGAGCAGGUUAUGCAAUUUAGAGCCAACCACAAUGUUAAACGCGGAAACAGCAGAGGAUUCCGAGGCCGAGGAGAUAGGCAUUUUUAUAACACCAAGAAUAAUUAUAAUCGUAAUUAUAAUUGUUAUGAAAAUAGCACAGGUCAAGGAACUUCACAUAGCGUAAAUCGCGGCAAACACUCAGGCGGUCAGCGCCAGCGUCAGCAUUUUCGCGGCCGUCCGAUGCGUUAUCAGCGUGUUCAGCAUAACACGCAAGAGUCCAAUGGCCAAGACAACUUGCGCAAUGAUGUCGCAAAUAAUAAUGACAAUUUAGAGUUUUUUCGUACCUAAACAGUGUACUCAUUCUAUUUUUAGUUAUAACAAUUUUUGUGUAGUUAAUUGUCAACUUAACGAUAGUAAUAUUGAUCUUAGUUUGUUAAUCGAUAGUGGGGCUAGCUUAUGCGUACUGAAGUAUGAAUGGUUGUCGCGACAUAGGCAGUUAUUGAAUUUGGUAGAACAGGAUAAGAUAGUUAUAAAAGGAAUUAGUGGUAAUUUAGAGUCUAUGGGAUAUAUUUAUUUAAAUAUUACAAUUAACCAUGUGAAUUUUAAUCAUAAAUUUCACAUUUUUGAACAUUUAUCUUGCGCCGCAGAAGGGAUACUCGGUCAGGAUUUUUUCGAACAAUAUAACGCAGUAUUAAAUUACAAAGAUGGUACACUGACUUUAGAAUCCCAAAACGAGUCUGUUAGUGUUAAUGUUAACAAAAAUACGUUUAUAAUUCCACCCCGUUGCGAAGUCAUCAAACACAUCCCGACGUCACAAGAUUGUGAUUGCGUCAUUUUGUCAAGAGAAGUUCAUAAAGGAGUGUACACAGCGGGAGUAAUAUCGAAGCCACAUAAUGGAUUUAUUCCUGUUAGGAUAUUAAAUACAACAGAUAGUUCAGUUAGUAUAAACACUUCAGAAUUAACUGUUAGUUGUCUAGAUAACUUUUAUGUUUGUAAGUUUGAUGACGAUUGUUUAUCUGUUGAUAGAGUUAGAACUUUGCUCGCUACUUUGCAACUACAUGCAUAUCUGAAUAAAGAAGAGCAAAUAAGCAUUGAGAAAAUAUGUGCCAAGUAUGCAGAUGUUUUCACUUACCAGGAGAUACGCUCACAACAACUAAUUUAAUAGAGCAUUCAAUCCAACUAAAGGAAGACGCGUCUCCAUCAUAUGUCAAGCCUUAUCGAUUGCCAAAAGCGUUGAAAGGCGAGGUACAAAAACAAAUAGAUGAAAUGAUUAAAAAUGAUAUCAUAGAAGAAUCUAUUUCAGAGUGGUCAAGUCCUAUUUUAUUAGUACCUAAAAGAGACAGAUAGGUCAGGAGAAAGGAAAUGGAGACUUGUAGUAGAUUAUCGCCAACUCAAUAAUAGGAUAAAAGAUGAUAAGUUUCCGUUACCUAACAUCACUGAGAUCCUAGAUUCGCUAUCAAACAACAUUUAUUUUUCAAAAUUAGAUCUCAGUCAAGGAUAUUAUCAGCUGUCAUUAGAUGAAAAAUCUAGAAAAUAUACUGCAUUCACAACAGAUAGGCAGUAUCAAAUGAAACGAUGUCCAAUGGGAUUAAAGACAUCUCCAAGUGCCUUUGCACGUCUUAUGACUAUAGCGAUGUCAGGGUUAAAUUACAAAUCAUGUUUCCUUUACCAAGACGAUUGUAUUGUUGUAGGUAACUGUCUUGAAACGCAUAACAAGAACCUCAUAAAAAUUUUGGAAUGUUUACGAAAAGUAAAUUUGAAGUUAAAUCCAUUAAAAUGUGAAUUUUUGCGUAAGGAGAUAGUUUAUUUAGGUCACAAAAUCACUUCAGAAGGUAUAUUUCCCGAACCAUCAAAAGUAUCAUGCCUGCAAAAAUACCCUGUCCCACAGAAUGUAGACGAAGUCAAGAGGUUUGUUGCGUUCGCUAACUAUUAUAGGCGUUUUAUUCCAAAUUUUGCGGAAAUAGCCUAUCCUUUGAAUGCGUUAUGUAAGAAAAACGUACCGUUUGUGUGGAGUGAUGAAUGCGAGAGAGCAUUUAAUAAAUUAAAAGAUAUACUCAUUAGUCCGACUGUACUUGACUAUCCAGACUUUAGUGACAAAAAUAAUUUUACGUUACAAACUGACGCAUCAAAACUUGGAUUAGGCGCCGUACUGUCUAAUAGUAAUGGCAAGGUAGUUGCAUAUGCCAGCCGUAACUUGAAACCAGCUGAGACGCGAUACCCUGUGAUUGAGUUAGAAUUACUUGCUAUUGUUUGGGCUGUUCGACAUUUUAGACCUUAUUUAUAUGGGAAAAAGUUUUAUAUAAAACUGACCACAAGCCAUUGAUUUACUUAUUUAAUAUGACCGAUCCUUCAAGCCGUUUAACUAAGUUUAGAUUAUAUCUUGAGGAGUACGAUUUUGAAAUCAGUUAUGUCCCAGGACGGCACAACGCAGCUGCGGAUGCAUUGAGCCGGAUACCUAUUACAUCCAACAGUUUAAAGGAAAUGCAACAGCAUGUAGUAUCGGUCAUAACAAGAGCACAGGCUCGUAGGUUACGUACUGACUGUGAUAACAAUGACAUGACUACGGAGGUAUCCUCUACUUCAAGGCCUGAUCAACCUAAAGUAGUGGAAAUCCUCAAACGACCUAUUGACAGCAUUGAAUUGAUUCUAUUUUGUAAUCAAAAUACACUUAAACAGAUAGAAAAAUUAAAACAUUUUAAUAGUGAUAAUGGUAACUGCAAAUUCGUGCCUGAAAAGUCAGCAAUUUUUAUUAUUUCUCAAUCGUUGUCUACCGUAAGUGUGUUAACGAGAGAAUUACAACGUCUUUGCAAGCAAAUCAAAAUAAACGAACUCGUAAUAAUUAAAAUAAGCAAUAUGAACGAUUUGUAAACAAUUUUAUAAAGGAAAUGAGUCAUUUGGAUGGUUUCCCCAAGUUACUUGUUAUUAAAGAUGUGACAAGAAUUACUGACAAAGAUACAAAGACUGUGAUCUUAAAUGACUUCCAUCUGUUACCCACCAGUGGCCACGCGGGGGUAAACAGAAUGUUAAAUAAUAUUAGGAAGUAUUAUUAUUGGCCAGGAAUGACUAAUGACGUAUCAGAAUAUGUAAAGAAAUGUAAAAAUUGUCAGAUUCAAAAGCAUUCCAAUCGACAUACGAAAGAGCCAAUGAUUAUCACAUCCACGGCAUCCACUGCUUUUGAGAGAGUUAGUUUAGAUUUAAUGGGUCCAUUAGAUGUAGACAAUUUUAAUUAUAAAUAUAUUUUGACAUUACAAUGUGAUCUGACUAAAUAUGUUGAAGCUUACCCUUUAGAAAAGAAGGAUACAGUUUCAGUAGCACGAUCAUUUGUAAAUAAUUUUAUUCUUAGAUAUGGUAUCCCUACAGAAAUAAUAACAGACCAGGGAACAGAAUUUAUGUCAUCAGUAUUUACUGAAAUUUGCAAUUUAUUGCAUAUAACAAAACUGCAUUCAACAGCUUACCAUCAUGAGACUCUUGGAGGUUUGGAAAAUACUCAUAAGGUUUUAGGAGCUUAUCUAAGGAUUCAGUGUGAUAAUAAUAAAACAGAUUGGAGCGGUUGGCUUCCAUUCUGGUGCUUUUCAUUUAAUACUACAGUCCACUCUGAGACAAAAUACACUCCAUUUGAAUUAGUAUUUGGUAAACAUUGUAAUCUACCAUCUAACAUAGAACAAAAUUCAUAUGUUGAUCCUUUAUAUAAUCCUGAUUCUUAUCCUUUAGAACUAAAGUAUAGACUUCAAAGAGCACAAGCUGAAGCAAGAAACAACUUGUUAUUUAAUAAAAAAAUAAGAAAAAUGAAUUUUGAUAAAACUAUUAAUUCAGUAAUAUAUAAGAAAGGAGAUUUAGUAUUAAUUAAAAAUCAAGUAGGAGAUAAGUUAGAUAAGAUUUAUUUAGGACCAUACAAAGUCAUAGAGGAUGUUUCACCAAAUGUUAAAAUUUUAAGGGAUAAUAAAGCAUAUAUAAUUCAUAAAAAUAAUACAAAAAAGUUUGUAACUUAAAAUGUCGUUUAAUUUUAGUUUUAUUGGAUUUGUUUGUAAAGUAUGAAGUCUAAUAAUAUUCUGUAUUAAUUUAGCCUAAGUAAAAAAAAAAUAAUAAUAAUAAUAUCAUUGUAUUAAUUGAGUUUAAGUAAAUAAAAAAAAAAAGAAUUAUGUAAUAAUAUCAUUUUUUUUUUUUGAAAAGGGGGAAGGUGUAGUGUGCAGCUCGCCUAACCCUAUAUUUGUAACUGCACACACUAGAUUAUUACAUUAUUA